AUGUCAAGCGGUCAAAUUGCUGCGCCUUUUGCUAUCAAGCCUUCCCAGCGGGCUAACAUCCGGCUGGCAACGGCUCAGGACCUUUACUCCACGCUGAGCAGCUGUCUCAGCCCGCUAAAAGGACAUCAGCAAUCAGCUAUUCCUUUUGAUACCAAGCAAGGCGACGGCUCCUCAACUCCUACUCAUCGCAUCCUUGAGGAUGACUACACCGUUCCAGCGCCACCUCCGCCUAGCCCU